AUGGCCCGACACUUCAGCAAGCGACUCGACUGGUCCUUUGACGCCCCCAUAGAGGCAGAAACGGCCUCCAGUCCACUAAUUGCUCCAGCUGUGAGCUCAAAGGUCCAGCAGACUCAAAACGCCUCAACAGGCGGUGCAUGCUCCAGUAGGGUGGAACACCCUUGUGCAGUCAACAUCAUUUCACAAAUAGAUCCAUCCUUUGAUGCUGGACCAGAAUUAAUUGGGACUGUUGAUGGACAUGUGAAAGAACUGGAGGCAAAGAUCAGAGCCAGUGCUUACAGCUCAGAAGCACCUCUGAAGCCAAAAACAUAUGACUGUUUCAUCAUCUACAGCAGAGAUGAUGAAGACUUUGUGUACGACAAGUUGAUCCCCUUCUUCAAUAGCAACAACAUCAAGUACUGUGAACACCAGGAGCAUUUUGAACUCGGUAAAAACAUAUUUGACAAUGUAAACACGUGUAUAACACAGAGCAGAAGGGUGGUUGCAGUUCUGUCCAAGUCAUUUUUUGCCAGUGGCUAUUGCAUGGAUGACUUGAAUGCUGCAAGGGGCUAUGCUGCUAGUAAUGGCUACAGUGUACAGGACUUCCUCAUCUCAAUCAAAAUCACAAAUUUUGUAUUUCCCCCAAAAUACUGCGACAUCAGUAAUUUCACCUAUGCUGACUUGUCCGAAGACAUCAAUGAUGAAAGAAAAUGGCUUCAGAUCAAGAAAGCUCUUACUGAGUGCCGUUUGGCCUCAGUGGUCAUGAGGAUUGAUAUGGAUGCCAAGUACUGUACACCAAAAUCCAGACUUCCUGUGCAAGAUGUGUCUGUCACUGCUAGUAAGUAUGGGACAUUUGAGGCUAUAGUACGUGUACACUACCAAAAAUGA